AUGGCGUACUCCACGGUGCAGAGAGUGGCGCUGGCCUCCGGGCUCGUCCUGGCCGUGUCGCUGCUGCUGCCCAAGGCCUUCUUGUCCCGCGGGAAGCGGCCGGAGCCGCCACCGGGCCCGGAAGGAAAAUUGGGCCGAUUUCCACCUAUGAUGCAUCACCACUCAGCACCCUCAGAUGGUCAAACACCAGGGGCUCGUUUCCAGAGGUCUCACCUUGCAGAGGCCUUUGCAAAGGCCAAGGGAGCAGGUGGAAGUGCUGGAGGAGGGAGUAGUGGAAGAGGACUGAUGGGCCAGAUCAUUCCAAUCUAUGGCUUUGGGAUCUUUUUGUACAUACUGUACAUUUUGUUUAAGCUUUCAAAGGGGAAAACUGCAGAGGAUCGGAACUGCUCCACUGCCCCACCCGGAAACACCCACAGGAAGAUUACCAACUUUGAGCUUGCUCAACUACAAGAAAAACUAAAAGAGACAGAGGAAGCCAUGGAAAAAUUAAUCAACAGAGUGGGACCUAAUGGAGAGAGCAGAGCACAGACUGUGACUUCUGACCAAGAGAAACGAUUACUGCAUCAGCUCCGAGAAAUCACCAGGGUCAUGAAAGAAGGCAAGUUCAUUGACACAUCUCCAGAGAAGGAAGCUGAGGAAGCCCCGUACAUGGAGGACUGGGAAGGUUACCCAGAAGAGACUUAUCCAAUGUAUGACCUUUCGGAUGGUAUCAAGCGUAGGCAAGAAACAAUCCUGGUGGAUUACCCUGAUCCAAAAGAGCCCUCUGCUGAAGAAAUAGCUGAACAAAUGGGAGAGUUAGAAGAGGAAGGAUCAGAGCAUUUGAGCUGGGAUCGUUUGCCCACUGACCCUGGAGCCCAGAAAGAGAAUUCUGUUACCCUGUGUGAUCCUAAACCAGAGUCAUGCUCCUGCUGUUUUCAUGAAGAGGAGGAUCCUGCUGUCUUGGCAGAGAAUGCUUGUUUCAGUGCAGAUGGCUACAGUGAGCAAGAGGAAACCACCAAGGAAAACUUGCCCCAAGACUUUACAAAUGAAGGGCUGGGCAUCAGCACUGAUAACACACACAUGGGUGGCAUGCUAAGGAAGCGCAACCCCCAGGGUUUUGAGUGAAAGCAGCCUGCUUGGAAAAGUAUCCAUUACUGUUCCCAUGGCACCUUUCCUCAGUUUCAUCCAUGGCCCUGUUCCCUCUGCAUCCUUCUCUGUGUUCAGUAUCAUAGUUCUUGGGCCACUACCAUGGAUACAGUCUAUCCUUCCUGGUGCUUGCACACCUGUCACUUUGUAAAGUAGCCAUUAGUGUAAACAUUGGACAGAAUCACCUUUCUCCUCUUGCCUUUCCCUAUCUGAGACACUAACCCAUUCAGUAAUUGUGUAUGGCUGCUUGUGCUUGCAGGUGGUACCACCUAGGCAGACAUCUGACCCCUCCUCAUAGGAGCAACAGAUGAUUUACCUAUGAAUGACUUAUUGAAUGGAUUUGUUAGGAUAGGAUGGCUCUGAGUGAGAACUGGGUUAGCAGAUAUUGAGGACUUAAGUUUUAAGAAUGAAGAUUUUAGAUUCCCAAAUGCCUUAUUGUUUGGGCCUUCAGCUGGUUAGUGGUCCCCUGAGAAGAGCAUGCUUUGUUCUGAGGCUAGGGGCCCAGUGCACAGCAAAAUAGCUGAUUGAGCUGCAAUCUCUCCUCAUAGCCUUCUAAGAUACCCUGACUCCUCCAGAGCAACAGCCAUGAACUCACAGGCCUAUUUGGAGACCAUUUCGCUUGUAUAUUCCCUCAAUCCCUAGCUUCCUUUGUCCUUAUUCUGUUGAACAGAACUGCCAAAUCUGCGCCUUUGAAUGUCUUCUGUGGCUAGAGGGAAUUUGAAGCAUUAGUUUGUGUCCCACAGAGCUGAAGUUUGAGGCUGUUGAAGCUACAGGACUGCUUAAGUAUGGUGGUCCUUCCAUGAGGAGCUCAGGAAACAAUGUCUUUGUGAGACAAGAUGGAACCUAAGAAUUCUAACAAGGAAUACCCUGUAUAUGGUCUCCUCACAAAUGCAGUCGCUACAGGAAUCAGGCCAUGUUCAGGUAGGGAAUGUUUUUGACUCACAUCAAAACACUUAGCUAAGUAAAUACAUAAACUCUAAUUAUAGAUUUGCUCUUAAAUUCCCCUUUUUAUUUAGACAGUUUGUAUCUGCAAAGAACAUUGUGUGUGUCACCUAUUUGGGCAGUGAUGAGGAAGGAUACAAACCAACUAUUCUGUAACCUCCUUAACCACUAGCCUGUCUAAAAUACUUUCUAGUAUCAAGAAAACAGGCCAUUCCUUCACUUCAAAGGACACCACUUUCCUUGUGGAUGGACCAGGAAUCAUCAUGUCCACCUUACAGGACUGUUUAUGGAGUGUCUGUCCCAGAGUGAAGUGUGCAAUGGUAGGUACUGAGCACCAUCACUGUCUUGAAUCUCAUGCUGCUGGACUACCCAACUUGAUACCCGCUCUGUGGCCACUCUGCGUGCCAAGAAUGGUCCAGAGUCACUCUGUGGGGUCUGUGUGACUUUGUGAUGACUCCCUUUAAGAACAACUACAGGCUUUCAUCAUGUUGGCUCCAAAUCUACCACAGGCUGACAAAGGUUCCCUCACAUGUAAGAACCCUGUUUAGAUAGACCCAGCUCCAAGAAUGGCCUGCAGUCACAUGUGUGGGCCUUUCCCACCUAUCAGUACUACAACCUAGUUCUGUCUACAAGGGCCAUCCAUGCCCACCAAACAUACUUAAGAACUAUCAGCCAGUUCUUUCAGUGACCUAGAUGACCUGGAAGUAUCUUCUAACCCUAUUUUUUCCAUGCUAUAGAUGUGGCACCACAGGAGAAGGCAGUGUUGAUCUUCAUGUCACUGGUACUAAACAUGCUCUGGGCCCUCUUUGCUGCUCUUACCCACCUGGCCCUUUGAAGCACCUAGCAAGGAAUGGAGUGGAGAACAUUUUAGGAGAGACAUGUUUUCUUCUCUCUAUGAAAAACAAGGACACAGCAGUCAAACAGUUCAAGUUUAAUUUGUUGAUACAUGUCUGUACUUAGACAAACACUAAAUUCUACAACAUACAUAAUGUCAUGGGAAAAUACCAAGUUUGUCAUUGCACAUACCAAUAAAUAAAUACAUUUGCUUCAGAAUACCAAAAAGUUUAUUCAAAAAGUCACUUAAUAAAAGCACAGUUUUGCAA